AUGAAUUGGUCUGCCAUCACGUCGCCCAAUGGUCAGCCACCAUCGGCUUUGACAACAGGUCUCGCAGCCUUCCUUACCCUCCUAUUUCUAUUGAACAAGAUCAUUCCGAUCUUCGAUGCUAUGACACUGUCGCCCCAAUCGAUGUUCAAUAUCGGUAGAUUAUCGAACUAUCCGUUGGCACAUCUUUCGUUUUUUCACCUUUUCUUUAAUGUCAUCUCUUUGAUGGGUCCCUUAAACCUUUUUGAAUCCCAACAUGGUACAGUGCACACUGGUGUAGUUUUGAACCUUGCUGCUGUGAUUACGGGCCUGUUAUAUUGUUUAUUUGGUCGCUUGGCUUAUCCCGAUGCCAGUGUUGCUGGAGCCAGUGGUUGGUGUUUUACAAUGUUUGGGUAUUUUGGUUUAAAAGAGUCUGCCCUUCACCCAAGAUACCACAUACCGGGCUCGAACUUUGCCUUUCCCACAGUACUAUCACCACUAGUUCUCCUGAUUUUGAUCUCGAUCUUUGUGCCAGGGGUCAGCUUCUGGGGUCACUUCUUUGCCCUUAUGGUCGGAUACUUUAUUGGUUCGAAGGAAAAGGUGUUCCGUAAGAUUAUGCCACCUUCAUGGAUUAUCCAGAAGAUUGAGGAGAAGGCAGAGCCACUGAUUGCUUUGAUUCCUUCAUGGGUCAAGUUUUACAGAGAAAAGGAUAUGACUGAGAGAGACACGCAGAAGUACAGCUCAGUAUUUGUAGCUGAGGAUUCAUUACCUUUGCACAAUGCGCCAGAACCCACCCGUACCGGUGGUAGAGUCCUAGGUACCGCCUAG